UAUCCCCUCUCUCCCCUAUAAACGCGUUACGUAAUUUUUGAAUGGUCCCGAAUUGAUGCGAAUGUUUUGAUUGCAUAAAGUAAUUUCGUGGUGCGGAUUCCGGGAUUCUGGAGUUGUUUACAAGAUGGCUUUUCUGGCUCGAUUAUUGCAAAAUGUUGCUGUGAAAACAUUUCCUCAUGAUGUACGCUUUGUUGCCGCAGCCAGUAUAACGACGGAAAGUUUAGCACGUGUUAUGAACAAACCGAAACCGGGAACAGGUAAAGCUUAUCGUCGAAUUGUGCACUAUCCGGAGGAGUACACCAUUGAGCCAUUAAAAGUGACUAAUUUGGCUGGUAGAGAUCCGGAAACUGGUCGACUGGUUGCUAAAGGCAUUGGCGGGGGAAUAAAACACAAAUAUCAUUGGAUCAAAUGGAACCGAGAUGGUCCUUUGGAAGGUCCUCCACAAAUUGAAAAAGUCAUCGAUAUCAUUGAUGAUGGUUGUCGCACUGCCAAAGUGGCCCUCGUUGCUGUCGGAGAUCAGUUGAAGUAUAUACUAGCUACGGAGAACAUGAAACCAGGCGAUUUAAUCAAAACAUCCAAGUUCAUACCGAGAAUUCCAGUUCGUGCCAAUGAAGGCGAUGCUUAUCCUUUGGGAGCCCUUCAAGUUGGGACUCAAAUUCAUUGUUUGGAGAAAUAUCCUGGUCAACCAUGCCAUUUGAUACAUGCCGCUGGGAAUUACGGAACCAUACUGCGUAAAUUCGGAGACCUAGUUGUAGUACAGCUGCCAUCAAAACAGGAGUUUGCCUUCAAGCAAACGUGUAUGGCUACUGUUGGACGAGUUUCGAACAUCUACCACAACAAAACACCUAUAGGAUCAGCCCAGAAAAACCGCGAACUUGGAAAUCGGCCUCGAUCAGGACUAUGGCAGCGGAAAGACGGUCGCCAUGGUAGAAAGGUUCGCCGGUUGCCACCGAUGAGAAUUAUUUCCGCUCCAUCGGAAAAACCAGCAGAGCCUAUCAAAUUCACUUUAAAUUUGUAACUGAAUAAACGUUUUGUUCGCAUUGCUUAACAAAAUA